AUGGCUAUCGAGAAUCUUCAGGCAUUGACCUACGGAGUCAUUUCAGUUGCUUUUGCGAUCGGAACUUGCUCCAUCUUCCUCCGGCUAUAUUGUCGACUACGCCGCGAAACAUUUGGUCGGGACGAUGUAGUCGCCAUUAUACUCUUGUUCGUCAACGGAAUGCAGCAGACGAUUCUGUACAUUUUCCUUCACCAUGGGUGUGGGCUACACUAUGACCUAUUAUCCUUGCAUCAACGCGAACAGAUCACCAAGUGGCUGUUCAUCGAAGAGAUUUUCUAUAUGUUCGUGCAUUGGACUAUCAAGCAAGCGUUCCUGCUCUUCUACCUCCGACUAUCCCCCGAUCGUCCAUUCCAGAUCAAAGUCUACGGCACAAUGGUCCUGAGCACGCUGAUCAUGAUCGCAAACUGGUUACUUGCCUUCCUACAGUGCCGACCGCUCGAGGCCAUCUUCCAUCCGGCGGACUACCCCAACGCGCAGUGUAUGAGCACAUAUGUUGUCAUGAUGGUGCCGACAGGACUGAACGUCGUCACGGACAUUAUCGUCCUCACCCUACCGAUUCCGACCGUGUUGAGACUCCAAAUGAGCAAUCGGCGCAAGAUGGCCGUCCUUGGAAUCAUGGGGUUCGGCGGCUUAUCGGUAGUGACAGCGCUCUGCCCCUUCGACGUGCAGAGACAAGUCAUCGCCAACGCCGACACGACCUACGUGCUCGGCCGAAUGAUUAUCGUUGCGGCGAUUGAGAUCGAGAUUGCGGUGGUGGCAGUGAACCUCCCCGCUCUGCGGAGCCUUUUCACCGAUCUCGUGGGCAGCUCAACCGAGGACUCGACCAAUGGUUCCCAUCGACUUUCAGGUUAUAUCGAGCAAGGCUCGCAUGCAGGCCUACAGAAGCACGAAGCCCGUUUGUCCCGCACUAAUCUGCCGGCCCACAAGUUGUUGGGUGCCAACUUGACCGGCUCCGAAGAGGAGCUGCUAAGACAGGCAGCCAGCAAGUCGAACAUCACCGUCACGACGAAUGAGGACGUGGCAUCCGAACGAGCGAACAGUGAGUAUAUGGCAGAACUAGGCUUUGCUCCCAUUGUGAGUCAGAAUCUAAAAGACCACGUCGAGGCCUUGUAA